GGUCCGUGCGCAAAAUUCAGGUAGCUUGCAGCCUCAGGUGCUCCUUGCGAACAAGUAACCCGUAACAUCAGAAAAAGGAUCGCAAUAAUUUGUACUUUCCUCCUGGAAAUUCUCACCAUCGUCAUCUAUCAACCACCGUAACCACCUUUUCUCCUCUUGAGCCGUCAUCUACCUUUGUACAAUACUUCAUACCAUCGGCGUACUCGUCCAAACUUGCCCAUACUAACGCUUGCAUGCGUGUUUUCCUCAAUUUACUCUUUUCGCCAACAUAAUCAAUCCCUGGAGGUUUCUUCUGCUAGUCUUGCACCUAAUACCUUCGUUUUACCCCCUUCUCGUAAACAUCUGCCUAGGCACAUUUCCGACAUACCAUCGCGUCUAUUAAGCACAGCCAUCUACUGGACUGGAGUUCCUCAAUACCUUACACCUGGGACGACUACCCAGCCUUUAACAAUCUGCCGUUCAAUUCCGCGUUUGCGCUUCCUGAUUGUUGACCCGAUCGAUCCAUGUGCUCCUGAAUCAUGGCGCCGCUUCCUAUCAAAUUUCAAGAGCUAUUAACGCUCGGAAACAUCGGUGUUGAUCAAAGCGCUAUUGGAUUUAACUCCUGUACCUUAGAAUCCGAUUCCUUCAUCUGCAUACGAGAAAAGAAGAGUGAGACAGCACAACCCGAAGUUAUCAUUAUCGAUCUGAAGCAAGGAAACAAUGUCACCCGCCGACCCAUCAAGGCCGAUAGUGCAAUCAUGCACUGGUCGAAACAGAUCAUCGCCCUUCGUGCGCAAUCAAGAACACUACAGAUUUUCGACCUAGAGAAGAAGGCAAAGUUGAAGUCAGCCACUAUGAAUGAAGAUGUUGUCUUCUGGAAAUGGGUUAGCGAAUCAACCUUGGGUCUAGUCACAGAAACUUCCGUCUUCCACUGGGACAUAUAUGACAAUUCUCAAGCAGCUCCUGUAGAGAUCUUCAAGCGCAAUGCUAACUUAAACGGAUGCCAAAUCAUCAACUAUCGAACUAACAGUGAUGGAAAAUGGAUGGCAGUAGUUGGCAUUUCCCAACAGGCAGGUCGCGUGGUUGGCAGUCUACAAUUAUACUCCAAAGAUAGAGGCAUCAGUCAGGCUAUCGAGGGUCAUGCGGCUACCUUUGGCACCCUCAGAUUAGAAGGAGAGCCGGCAGAUACCAAGGUGUUCUCCUUCGCUGUUCGUACCGCUACGGGCGCUAAGCUACACAUCGUUGAGAUCGAUCACCCCGAAGGAAACCGUCCCUUCCAGAAGAAGGCUGUUGACAUUUUCUUCCCCCCUGAAGCCACGAAUGACUUCCCAGUUGCUAUGCAGGUUUCUCAGAAAUACGGCAUUGUCUACAUGGUCACGAAGUAUGGUUUCAUUCACCUCUACGACCUCGAAACCGGCUCUACUAUAUUCAUGAACCGUAUUUCGAGCGAGACGAUCUUUACAACUUGCCCGGACAUGGAAUCCACCGGCAUUCUCGGCAUUAAUAGGAAGGGCCAGGUACUCUUUGUUUCGGUCGACGAAUCCACCAUGGUAGACUAUCUCUUGCAGAACCCAGCAAACACGGAAAUUGCUAUCAAGAUGGCAUCUCGAGCUGGACUUCCCGGUGCUGAUCAACUCUAUGUUCGCCAAUUUGAGCAGUUAUUCAACUCCGGCGAUUUCGAGGCUGCGGCUAAGGUCGCUGCAAACUCACCUAGAGGCUUCCUGCGAACAACAGAUACCAUCAAUAAGUUCAAGAAUGUUCCAACUCCUCCAGGCAAAAUGUCCUAUAUUCUGCAGUACUUCGGCAUGCUCCUCGACAAGACCACCCCACUUAACAAGACUGAGACUUUAGAACUUGCUGUUCCUGUCCUAUCGCAGAAUCGCAAGCACCUUCUUGAGAAGUGGGCGAAAGAGGGCAAGCUUGACUUUUCCGAGGAACUUGGUGAUCUGGUUCGGCCGCAUGAUGCCAACUUGGCUCUCGCAGUCUACCUUAAAGCCAAUGCUGCUCACAAGGUGGUCGCUUCUUUUGCGGAGCUUGGCCAAUUCGACAAGAUCCUACCCUACUGCGAUCAGGCUGGUUACCAACCCGACUGGAUCACACUGUUGCAACACAUCGUUCGUACGAACCCGGAACGUGGUGCGGAGUUUGCAACAUCUUUGGCUAGUCACCAGGGCGGUCCUUUGGUGGACAUUGAGCGUGUUGUCGACGUUUUCCAGGCGCAAGGAAUGGUCCAGCAAGCCACGGCAUUUUUGCUUGAAGCCUUGAAGGGGAAUGAGCCGGAACAUGGCCACUUACAGACAAGAUUGCUAGAGAUGAAUCUAAUGAACGCACCUCAGGUAGCAGACGCAAUCUUGGGUAACAACCUCUUCUCGCAUUUCGACAAGGCGCGCAUCGCAAACUUGUGCGAGCAGACUGGUCUGUACCAAAAGGCAUUGGAGCUUUACGAAGAUCCUGCGGCGGUUAAGCGAGUCAUUGUGGGUAUUCCUGGCACGCCAAACUUCAACUCAGACUGGUUGGUCAACUACUUCGGCCAACUCUCGGUAGAGCAGUCCCUAGACUGCCUCGACGCGAUGAUGAAAGCGAAUAUCCGACAGAAUCUUCAAUCGGUUGUUCAGGUUGCCACCAAGUACUCCGAGCUCCUUGGCCCUACGAACCUUAUCGACCUUUUCGAGAAAUACAAGACCCACGAAGGUCUCUUCUUCUACCUGGGUAGCAUCGUCAAUCUGUCUCAGGAUGCGGACGUCCACUUCAAGUAUAUUGAAGCAGCUACAAAAAUGGGCCAGUUUAACGAAGUCGAGAGAAUUUGCAGGGACAGCAAUUAUUACAACCCCGAGAAAGUCAAGAACUUCCUUAAGGAAGCUAAGCUUACGGAGAUGCUUCCAUUGAUCAUUGUCUGCGAUAGACAUAACUUCGUCCAUGAUCUCAUAUUAUACCUCUAUCAAAACCAGCGCUUCAAUGCAAUUGAGGUAUAUGUGCAGCGUGUUAACCCUGGAAGAACCCCCGAGGUUAUUGGUGGCCUUCUCGAUGUAGACUGCGAUGAGUCGGUAAUUAAGAACCUCCUUAGCACUAUCAACCCUGCAUCAAUCCCCAUUGAUGCCUUGGUGCGCGAGGUAGAGACACGUAACCGCCUCAAGCUAUUGCUUCCUUUCCUCGAGGCUACUUUGGCCGCUGGCAAUCAGCAACAAGCCGUGUUCAAUGCCCUCGCCAAGAUCUAUAUCGACUCAAACAACAACCCAGAGAAGUUCCUUAAGGAGAACGACCAGUACGAUACCUUGAGCGUAGGUAAAUACUGCGAGAAGCGAGAUCCCAACCUAGCUUUCAUCGCAUACCAGAAGGGACAAAACGAUUUGGAGUUAAUUAACAUCACAAACGAAAACUCCAUGUACCGUGCUCAAGCUCGUUACGUAUUAGAGCGAUCGGACCGGGAGCUAUGGACCUUCGUACUCAGUGAAAACAACAUUCAUCGCCGAUCAGUCAUUGACCAGGUUGUCGCAACUGCAGUUCCCGAAUGCAGCGAUCCCGCAAAGGUCUCCGAAGCUGUUGCGUCAUUUUUAGCAGCCGAUCUCCCGGGUGAGCUGAUCGAACUACUAGAGAAGAUCGUCCUAGAACCCUCGCCGUUCAACGACAACCCUAGUCUGCAAAACCUGCUUAUUCUCACCGCGGCCAGAGCAGACAAGGGUAGAGUUAUGGACUAUAUCCAUCGUCUGGACUCGUUCAACCCUGAUGAGUGUGCGCAGUUAUGUAUCGACGUCGGCCUCCACGAGGAAGCCUUUGAGAUCUACAAGAAGGUCGGCAAUAAGACAGCGGCUGUUGAGGUCCUGGUUGAACACGUUGUAAGCAUUGACCGCGCGAGUACGUUUGCUGAGGACGUCGACAUCCCUGAAGUUUGGAGCAGAGUUGCUAAGGCCCAGCUUGAUGGCCUUCGAGUGGCGGAUGCGAUAGAAUCGUACAUUAGAGCUGGAGACCCUCGCAACUACGCCGAAGUCAUCGAGGUUGCCACUCAUGCCGGCAAGGAUGAAGAGCUUGUCAAAUAUCUCCGCAUGGCCCGGAAGACUCUCCGAGAGCCGCCGAUUGACACAGCUCUUGCUUUUUGCUAUGCUCGGCUUGAUCAACUUGGAGAGUUGGAGGACUUCCUCCGUGGCACUAAUGUCGCUAAUAUUGAAGAGUCUGGUGAUAAAGCUGCUGAAGAAGGCUUCCACCAGGCCGCCAAGAUUUUCUACACUAGCAUCUCCAACUGGUCAAAACUUGCUACCACCUUGGUCCAUCUUGAGGACUACCAGGCGGCAGUCGAAUGUGCUCGCAAAGCCAACAAUAUCAAAGUUUGGAACCAGGUGCACGCUGCGUGCGUUGCUAAGAAGGAAUUCCGACUUGCCAAGAUCUGCGGUCUCAACUUGAUUGUCGAUGCUGAGCAACUUCAAGCUCUCGUUAAGCAGUACGAACAUGAAGGCUACUUCGAUGAACUCAUAGAUCUGCUUGAGCAAGGACUUGGCCUCGAGCGUGCCCAUAUGGGAAUGUUCACUGAGUUGGGUAUUGCAUUGUCGAAGUAUCACCCUCAGAGACUCAUGGAGCACAUCAAACUGUUCUGGAGCAGAAUGAACUUGCCCAAGUUAAUCCGUGCUUGCGAGGAUGCCAAUUUGUGGCCUGAGUUGGUCUUCUGCUACUACCAUUACGACGAAUUUGACAAUGCCGCUCUUGCCGUGAUGGAACGUGCGCAGAACUCAUGGGAACACCAACAGUUCAAGGACAUUGUUGUCAAAGUAGCGAACCUAGAAAUUUAUUACCGUGCCAUCAACUUCUACCUGGAGCAACACCCAUCGCUCUUGACCGACCUUCUCCAAGUUCUCACACCUCGCAUUGACGUCAACCGAGUUGUUCGUAUGUUCCAGAAGUCCGAUAACCUCCCAUUGAUCAAGCCCUUCUUGCUCAAUGUCCAGACACAGAACAAGCGAACAGUGAACGACGCCAUUAACGACCUCCUUAUUGAAGAGGAAGACUACAAAACACUACGGGACUCGGUUGAGAACUACGAUAACUACGACGCUGUUGAUCUAGCCUCUCGAUUAGAGAAACAUGACCUUGUCUUUUUUAGACAAAUCGCCGCCAACAUUUACCGGAAGACCAAGAGAUGGGAGAAGUCAAUCGCCUUGUCAAAGCAAGACAAGUUAUACAAGGAUGCUAUUGAGACAGCUGCUAUCUCCGCCAAAUCAGAGGUUGUUGAGGAGCUCAUUCGCUACUUCGUCGAUAUCGGUAGUCGCGAGUGUUAUGUUGGUAUGCUCUAUGCAUGCUACGACCUUAUUCGCCCCGACACAGUGCUCGAAUUAUCGUGGCGAAACGGUCUUAACGACUUUACUAUGCCGUACAUGAUCAAUCUCCUUUGCCAGCAGACUAAGGAACUCGCAUCAUUGAAGGCCGAUAACGAGGCGCGAAAGGCUAAGGAGACCGCCCAGGAGAAACAUGAAGAUGAGACGCCAAUUCUCGGAGGUAACCGUCUUAUGAUCACGGCUGGACCCGCCGCUACUGGUGGACGAGUGUCACCGGCGCCGUUCGCACAGACCAACGGUUUCGCACCUCAACCUACCGGCUUCGGCUUUUAGAUGAUUUUGCAACAAGGUUCUGAGUUGCAAAAACGAUAACAGCAAAUUUAGGCCACUGCGGGAGCAUUUGUGAUACCCUGUAACACAUCUUGGGCGUCUCUUUCAAAGCAUCUAGCCGAACGGCACCACUGAUUCCGUCGGGAUGAUAGGUGCGGUGGAAAUCUGGGGAGUUCGUUAUAGAAAAGUUCUUUGAGGAUUUUGCAAUAAUGAGUUAGUCUGAGAGAUUUUGGGCCAGUCCGAGAUCAACCUUUCCAAAGUGAGGAAUACGGACUUGACCAGACCAGACGAUACUCUGAUCAUCUCUCAUAUGUCGGAUAUCUGGCUAUGGUGAAAAUUACACUUGCUGUGUAUUUGUAUGAUAGUAUAAUGAGACCUUUUCGACGGUUUGAGACUAGCAGGUCAUUUGACUACUUCGUAAUAAUUCUAGUGCAUUGCAGUAUGGUUGUAUGUAUUUCGAAGGCAUAGGUGAGCUCUAAAAUGCAUUGUUAAAAUUCCAUCCGCUUUGCUGUUGUUCAACGUCAAAAAGGACCACUCAAUUCUUGUCACCAGUGAGCUUAUCAAGUUCAAG